AUGGGCACGAUCAAAUAUACAAUCAAUAAUUUUAUAUGCUGGACUACUUCGCCAGGUGGAAUACUUCAAACUCUAGAAGCCAGUGAUCGAACAUACACAGACCGAGUUCUCUUCACUCUCAAUAGACUAGGAUACACCCCGAAUCCGUUUUUGGACAAGCAAGAGUCAUAUACGGUGCUUAGCUACCUGAUGAGCAACUCAUGGGCCAGCUUUGUCUAUGGUCUUAAUCCGAGUGACUUGAGUGGAAGAGGGAGGAAUGCCACACAAACUAAUCGGCCUGCUUAUACUUUGGAUAAACCUAUGAAUAUGGUCUGGGAUGCAAACAAGACGAGCUAUCCUGAGCCUGAUACCUGGCGGAAAGAGGGCAUUGAUUGGAUCAAUGAGCAUGCUUUGAACUACCAGCGGUAA